AAAUUAUUGUUAGUAGUUGUUCGUAGUAAGCCGGCAGUUGUUUUAGCAAAAUGGCCAAAAAAUUAUAUUAUUUCGACGUAAAUGGACUUGGAGAAGGUAUCAGGUAUAUAUUCCAUUACAGUGGACAGAAAUUUGAAGACAUAAGAUAUGAUCAUGGAAGUUGGCCAAACAACAAAGAAAUUAAGGAUGCACUUCCUUAUGGACAACUUCCAAUAUACGAAGAAGGGGACCGCAGACUGAACCAGUCCAUAGCAAUCGCCCGCUACAUCGCCAGCCAGACCAACCUGCUGCCCUCCGACCCCUGGGAACAGGCUGUGUUGGACGCAGCCGUCUUGAACGUUAAUGACUUUAGACUAAAAAUGUAUCCUUACUUAAUGGAGUCCGAUGAAGCUAAGAAGCAGCAGCUGAAGAAAGAAUUCCUCACAGAAACAGUUGACUACUACCUGUCGAGAUUCGAGAAAGAACUCAAGGCUAAUAACGGAUUUUUCGGGGGAAAGCUAAGUUGGGCUGACUUCUACUUUGUUGGGAUCUUAGAGACAGUGAACUUAGUCACGGGAGAAGAGAUUGAGAAGAAUUACCCUACAAUCGUGGCCCUGCUCAACAAGAUCCGGUCUUUGCCUGGUGUCAAGGAAUACAUCGCCACUAGAAGGAAAUACGUCUUUGGUUCUUAGGCUUUCUAUAUCUUUAGCAUCUAUUUAUUUAAAUUUGUAUAUUUUAAAAUGUUUACAAGGAGAAAUAAAUUUAAGACGAUGAUCUA